AGGAAGCAGCAACUACUGGGAAGGUGAGGUGGCAAACUGGCACAACUAGGGUGCGAUCAGACAGCUAUUUGAUACAUUUGCAACGAUGUUUGAUUUGCGAAAGCAGGCCAGGCAGCUGGAGAAUGAGUUGGACCUGAAGCUGGUGUCUUUCAGUAAACUGUGUACAAGCUACAGCAGCUCCAGAGAUGGCCGUCGAGGAGACAGCAACUCAGAUACUGCUCCCCUCCUCAACAACUCAACGCAGGACAGAAUGUUUGAGACCAUGUCUGGGGAGAUUGAACAGCUGCUGGCCAAACUCACAGGUGUAAAUGACAAGAUGGCUGAGUACACCAGCACCCCGGGGGUGACGUCCCUUAACGCAGCCCUGAUGCACACGCUCCAGAGACACAGAGACAUCUUGCAAGACUACACUCACGAAUUCCACAAAACCAAAGCCAACUUCCUUGCCAUCCGGGAGAGAGAAGAUUUGCUGGGGUCCGUCCGCAAAGACAUUGAGACAUACAAGAGUGGCUCAGGAGUGAACAACAGAAGAACAGAACUGUUUCUGAAGGAGCAUGAGCACCUGAGAAACUCUGACCGCCUGAUGGAUGACACAAUAAGUAUUGCCAUGGCGACCAAGGAGAACAUGACAUCCCAGAGAGGGCUAUUGAAGUCCAUACAGAGCAGAGUCAACACUCUGGCCAAUCGUUUCCCAGCCAUCAACAACCUCGUCCAGCGACUCAACCUGCGGAAGAGACGAGACUCCCUAAUCCUGGGCGGAGUCAUCGGCGUUUGCACCAUCCUCCUGCUGCUCUACGCCUUCCACUGAUGACGAACAGACCGGUCGAACAAUCGUUACUUUGCGUUUGUAACAUCGGAAUCAGAACUCUGGAGAAUGGGCUUUAGUGAGUGGAGGCUACUGGACAGACAGACACCCUCUUUGCCCAAUCGCUUAACAGGAUUGAUCGAAGGCAGCAUGGACUACCUGAUUUUGUAUUUAGCAGUGGGAGGGAAGGAGGAGAAGGAUAUGUGAGAUGGAGCAGCACCUUUUUUCUUUUUUUAUCAAAAGUUUGCUGUUCAACGCUGGUUAAGGGAACAGAGACCAAAUGUACUGAUAUGACUAGAUUUGAAAUAAUUAUAUAUAUAUAUAUUUCAAAUAUAUUAGUACAUUGAGAUAGGCCAAAGUCCAUAUAUGACUUUCGCCCAUCUCAAGGUAGUAAUAUAUUUGAAAGAAUUAUAUCUUAAAGAAAAUUAAAAAUAACACUUGCUUUAAGGAGUUUAAUGCUCUGAAGACAGUCCCUCUCUUUCGUUUCCACCGUCUGUCUGAUUUCUGUGAUGGAAGGAUUUUUAGUUGAAUGGUCCUUUUUCGUGAUGGGAUAUUCAGGAGGUUCGUAUUCAUCAUGGGCUGUACAUUGCAUUAUUAAUAAAUUAUUCAUUUACAGUAUGUGAUACUAG